AUGUAUCCAGAAAAUAUCAGCAUUUUUACUGAGAAAACAGGUGAUUCAGUUACUCUUGUUCAGAAUGAUACUAGUAUGUACAAAGUCUAUGAUCAUGGAGGAAUCUUUUUAUACCUGUUUAGUGACGGUGUUAAGUGUGUUGAGAUUAAAUACUGUGAUCACACUGUUCACGAUGCAAAAUCCGUUGGUCAGUAUCCUAAUAGAUUUAUCUUUGAUUCAAAAUCUUUAACGUUUGAGUUUGAUUUCGAAAAUAAGUCGACCACCUAUAGGCUCUCUGAUUCCGAAUUUUCCGCAUCCGGCGAUUCAAAAAAAUUAGAAAAAAUUGAAUAUGAAGUCCCUGGCUGGAUUAGAAGACAGUCAAAUUAUAAAUUUGGGUCCAAAUUAUCCUUAUCCGAUCUCAGUAUAUUAACCUCUGACAACAGAGAUGGUUCAGGCGCCAAACGCAUAAAUGUUAAAAAAUCCAUGCUAAGUAGUAAAAAAUGGCUUUCAGGCUUCUUUUAUCCGGUUACUAAACCAUAUCUCGAACUUAGGUACAAGGAUAACGUCUUCAAGUCCACCGAGUAUCCCUAUAGAGGAAACCCAAAGAUAUUAUUAUUCAACACUGAUGAUAAUAAUAUAUCUGUUUUCUUUGAUUCUAAAUUCAAAGUGUCAUUCAAUUAUUUAGAUCUAUCAGACGAGGAAACAGUUUUUAAGGCUAAGCGCAAACCUACAGAUCCUGAUCCCGAUUCUAGUGGUGAAACUGAGAGUGAUAGUGAUACUAAUAGUGACAGUGAGAGUAAUAGUGAGAGUGAGGGUGAAACUGUUCCAGUAGCUGAGAUAGUGGUUACUCCGCCCAAGACUACCGUAACGACUCCUGAAUCUCAACCACAAACUGUAUAUAGUCCAACGCCUAAAGUAUCCACUUCAGGUCCAAAACGUUCUCACACUAAAUCAUCCUCAGUAUCAACUGAAUCUAAUUUUAAUCCAGAAUCCAAAGCUAUUUCUAAACAAGCUAAGACUAAGGCUCCUGUCAUAACAAUCCCUUCUGAACCCACUGAUCUAAAAUCUUCCACUACUCUGGCGAUCGUUGACAUCGAGAAGAAACACAACACCAACGAGUUUAACUACUACCGGAAUGACAAUUUUAAAACAUACGUCCCAAAAUCUGGUUAUGGAUUCAGUAAGGUUACCGAGGGAUCCAGUGUUAUCUGGGAAUCUGGAGAUGUAUUUGCAACCUUUGUUACCACUAAAAGGAAGAAAUUCCUUGUCAUCCUCCUUCAAAGUGGUGACAUUUUGCUAUUUCACAAGAAUAAUGCUGAACAACCAUGGGAAGACAUUACUGCUGAUAGAUUUGAUUUGAAGAAACUUAAGUUUUUUGGUGAAAAUGAUACUGAGAUUACUUCAUCCCAUUACACGGUUACCCUAGUUAAGACUAUCGUGGAAUUCAAAUUUGAGGAUGGUGUUAACUGUAAGAAGAUUAAGUAUGGAGAUGAUAAUAUUUGGAAUCAUAUGGAUGACACUGAGUUCCCUUCCAUCAAGAUGUUUCAAUUCGGACUUGUCUCAAACGAUUUAUACGUUCAGAAUAGUAGUAAUGAUUGGAAAAAAUUAAAUUAUAAAGGACAAAACACACCUCCUGAAACUGAAUCUGACACUGUAACUCCUUCAGAAUAA